CGCUUUGUCCUGCGCUGGACACAACGAGCAAAGCACAGCCCCAUCAGGAGCCCUCCGCCCGCUCCUCCUCGCCUGGCGCAAAGGAGGGCCCGCGAAGGCGCUCGACGAGCCACCUCACGUCCGGCUCUUGCAGGAGUUCCGCCCCCGGCGAGACGACGGAGUCAAUGGCCCUGUCUGAGGCUAGUGCCUGUCGCAGGAUGCUUCUGCGGCCCCCUCGGGUCAUUCUUUUCGGAGACUCCAUCACUGAGUUUUCCUUUGAAGAAAAUGGAUGGGGAGCGAGCCUCGCUCACCGCUUAGCUAGAACAUGGUAUUAUAGGAUGACAUUUCUUUAUACAUAUGCCGAUUUUAGAAAAUGUGAUGUUCUGAAUCGCGGACUCUCUGGCUACAACACAAGGUGGGCAAAAAUGGUUCUUCCAAGACUGAUCAGCAAAGAUUCUGAUGCGAAGAACACUAUUGCUGUAACCGUCUUCUUUGGAGCCAAUGAUGGUGCUUUAAAAGAUGUGAACCCUAAACAACAUGUUCCAUUGGAUGAGUAUGCUGACAACUUGAAAAGUAUGAUACAAUAUCUAAAGUCUGUGGACAUUGCAGAGGAUAAAGUUAUUUUAGUGACACCACCACCCCUAGAUGAAGCAGCUUGGGAAAAAGAGUGUAUUGCCAAAGGUGAAAAAUUAAACCGGCUCAACUCUACCACUGGGGAAUAUGCCAAGGCAUGUGUUAAAGUAGCUAGCGAUUGUGGCACUUCUGUCAUUGAUCUAUGGACACUUAUGCAAAAAAAUAACCAGGACUUUAGCUGCUAUCUGUCUGAUGGACUUCAUUUAUCAGGGGAAGGAAAUAAUUUUCUAGCAAACCAGCUUUGGUCAUUCCUGGAACAAAAAACUUCAACAGUCCAUGUUCUGCUUCCCUACUGGCGUGAUGUGGAUCAUCUGCACCCUGAAGUUAGUCUUCAGGGGAAUCCUCAUGAUUUAUAAAAGUAAUAAAACAGUAGCUGUUUGAGAGAUAACAACAAGUGUCUGCACGUAAACAAAAUAAAUUUUUCUUUUCUA